GGAAUGGGCAGUGACUAGGCACAGUCUCUACACACCUUUUUCCAUGGAGUAAUUAAGGCCUGCCUCAGAGCAAGAGCACUCCCUGCCCAGCUGUGUAAAGGAGAGCUGACAGCACCACCACCACCACAACUAAGUAUGAAGCUCCUGAGGAUUGCCUUCUUCUUAGCUGUACUCUGUGUUUGUAUUAUGGGAGAAGAUGAUAUACCAAUCAGCACUCAAAGUGCAGCCAUUUCUGCAUCAACGUCAAAAUCUGUAACGAAAGCUGUGAACUCAUCGACUUUACAAACAACAACAUUGCAAGUGUCAGUGCUAUCAACAACUGCAAUUAGACCUACAAAUGAAUCCAUCACAAGCAACUCCAACUUUUCUUCACCUCAUACUACACAACAAACAACACAAGGUACAACACCACAACCAUCAACAGUAAAAGUGACCACUGCAACAGCAGAUAAAAAUGACAGCACAACAAAUGCUACACAAGAAAGUGGAAUGCAAUUGGCACAAAAUGGAAGUUCAGAUGCUUCAUCUACUAAGGGAUGGUCUUCUUCCUCUACAACUUCUCCACAAAAACCCACUUCUGCUCCUGGAACCUCAGACCUUCACAUGACAUCCCCAGCAGAAUUGAAAACUUUUGGCAGUCCUGGAAGCACUUCUGGAAGCAAAAAAGCACCAGGGAGUGAUAUUCACUAUUCUAGCGUUAUCUUGCCAAUUGUCAUCACCUUGAUAGUCAUUACCCUCUCUGUCUUCUCGCUAGUGGCUUUGUACAGAAUGUGCCAGAAGAAAACUCCAGAGAGACAGGAGAAUGGCACUGAACAGGCCCAGUCAGAUAAAGAAGGAGUUAAACUUCUUUCUGUGAAGACAACUUCUCCUGAGACUGUUUUUGUAGAAGUGCGUGAUAUAUAUGAGGUUGGCUUCUCACUGCCUUCUGCCAAUUUAUCUGAGCCCACAGCUCCUCCUCCAUCAGGAGAGGUGUCACAAGGCAGGACCACAGGAGAGAACUCAUCUCAGGGGAAGAAUAAAACUCGGCAGCUCUUCACAUCUCAGCAAUAAAUAGGAGCAGCCUGUUUUAUCACAAUGCGCAGGAACAUCCUACCAAAGUUGCAGUUCCACGGGAAAUGUGAAGCACCUGAAGCUUUUUACCAGGCAGGACACUUGCGUUAAUGACCAGCUCUUUACUUCUAAAUCUCAAGUGUCUCCUGUCCCUUCUGGAAUGACACGUAAUUGUUUGAUGGCUUAGUAACUGAUAUAUCAUAUAUAUUUAUUAUUUUCACAUAUUGUAAAAGCAGGAAAACUUUCAAUGAGGUUGAAGAGAAUGUAAAAAUCAGGUGUUGUUUGUAUAGUAGUUACUAAAAAAGUUUUCUGCACAUGCAGGAAGGAAUAUGUUAGCAUACUUGGUUGAACUUAUGGUAGAUAGAGUUCUUUUAAUUGUAUGUAGCAAAACAUAAACAGGGCCUGACCCUUGAAACAGUACUAGGCAAAUUGCCACUAUGAAAAUUAAUUCAUUGACUUCCAUGAGACUCCUCACUGUAGCACACACUUCACUUGUCAUAAAUGUUUACAGGACUGGAUGCCUGACUGGAAGUCUUUUUGUGUGAUUUUUUUUUAUAUGACAAUUGGAACGUAUCUUGCACUGAGGCUCUUUGAAGGUCUGUAAAUUACUGAAUAUGAUCCUUGUAAUGUAGCAGGCAACAUAGUUUAUUUUCACCUGUUCCUUGGCUAGUUGCAUUACGUAUGCUAUACAUAUGUCUCCUAUACACCCUGGGGUGCACAGUGGGGAUUGGAAAGAUGAGCAGUUUUACAGAUUUCCCUCUGUUGCGAGUAAUGCAUGGGAUUCCUGUGGGUUAUUGAAUAAAUCUGGAAGUUUAAAGAGUGUUUCAAGUGCUAAUUACAGACUCUCUUAAUUUGUACUGAGCUGGCAAUUCAAAAAUAUCAAGUAGUGCUUCUGCCUGCAUGUAUCCUACUUUUCUAGAGCUAUAAAUGUUUGAAAAUUAUAUUACAGUAAGCAUCUGCUCAGUCUCAAUCCACUGACUCUGAUAGCGUGCCAAGAACCUCCAUUGUUUUAUUGGCGAAUGAAAAGAAGACAAGCGCUGGUGUAAGUGCAGGACCAAGAACCAGGACAAUGAUCAAAGUUUUGAUGCCUAUGAUACAAUGCUUUUGAGGAACUUAUCUUUCCAAUUUCCCCCUCUGAAACAAUAAACUUACCUAGCAUUAUGGUAAGUGGUUAAGCAGAUUUGUUAAUUCAUGUUUAUCAACAAAGCUGAAAAGGGUUCAUUUCGCUGUGCAUGACCAUUGCUCUUUUGGGUUUAAUAAUCCUCUGAUUUAGCAGCAUCAAGAGAAACUUUUGAUGAAGCUCUGUAAAAAACGGGAACCAGCAAAUAUCCUCCAUGCUGCAGCUGGACUUAUAUGGUUCAUUCAGGUAUUUCUGGAUCAUUUGGGUUUCUCAGGAACAGAGGAGUCUUGGAUGCCUUCUUUGGAAAGGUCAGGCCAUCUAAAAUGUGCUAGUUGGCAUCUUCUUGAUUGCUGAAGUUUCCUGUGAAAAAGCAAUCAUUGGAGAUUUUCAAGUUGAUUUAAAAAAAAAAAGAAAAAGGAUUGUUUUUUAGCAUACUGUAUCAUAUUGAAAGGACAGCAGAGAAAUAUUGUGAAAUAUAUAUAUUUGUGCAAAUUUUUUCAGAAAAUACCAUAGUCUGUCAAGGAAAAAUAAAUAAUUACUGCCUAUUAAAAGUUAUUCUCUUUAUCAAGCA